AUGGUAGUCCGGAGGAGGCCCGAGACCCACCCUUCUAAAAAUAACUUAAAACCUGCCAAUAUCAUGUCAUGUCACAAGCUAAAUGAACAAAAUGAGAUAGAUGGUGAUGAGUUUGAGGAUUAUAAUGAAGAGGAUCAGUACAAGCCAAAUCAAGAGGAAACUGAGGUUGUGAAUCUGGGAGAUAACGAGUGUACCAAGGAAACCAGAAUCAGUGUCCAUUUAACAAAAGCUCAGAGGAAAGAACUUACCAGUUUGCUUGGAGAGUAUAUCGACAUAUUUGCUUGGUCUUAUGAUGAUGUGUCAAGUUUGAGUGUAGACAUCGUGUCUCAUAAAUUGCCAAUAAAUCCGGAUUGCAGUCCAGUAAAACAAAAGACUCGAAAAUUCAAGCCAGAUUUAAGUUUGAAGAUCAAAGAAGAGGUUACCAAGCAAAUUCAAUCUGGAGUUGUGGAAGUGACGAAAUAUCCGACUUGGUUAGCCAACAUUGUUCCAGUCCCUAAGAAGGAUGGCAAGAUCAGAAUCUGUGUUGAUUAUAGAGAUCUGAACAAAGCUAGCCCUAAAGACAACUUUCCAUUGCCAAAUAUCCACAUUCUCAUUGAUAAUUGUGCCAAGCAUGAGAUGCAGUCAUUUGUGGAUUGCUACACAGGUUAUCACCAGAUUCUAAUGGAUGAAGAAGAUGCAGAAAAGAUAGCAUUCAUCACACCGUGGGGUGUGUAUCACUAUCGAGUAAUGCCAUUUGGUCUUAAAAAUGCUGGGGCUACUUACAUGAGAGCCAUGACAACUAUCUUUCAUGAUAUGAUUCACAAAGAAAUUGAAGUAUAUAUGGAUGAUGUCAUUAUCAAAUCCCGCGAGAGUGAGGGUCAUUUGACUCACUUGAAAAAAUUCUUUGAUCGUUUGCGCAAAUACAAUCUAAAAUUAAAUCCCGCUAAAUGUGCUUUUGGAGUGCCAGCUGGCAAGUUAUUGGGGUUUAUAGUCAGUAGAAGGGGUAUCGAGCUUGAUCCCUCUAAAAUCAAAUCGAUUCAAGAAUUACCUCCACCAAAGACUAAAAAGGAACUACUGAAAAAAGAUGCAUUGACAAAAUGGACUGAAGAAUGUCAGACAGCUUUCGAAGCUAUCAAAAGUUACUUGUCUAAUCCACCGGUGCUAGUUCCUCCGAGGGAAGGAGUUCCAUUGUUGCUAUAUCUGUCUGUCUCAGAUAAUGCAUUUGGAUGCGUGCUAGGCCAGCAUGAUGAGACGGGGAAGAGGGAACGAUCAAUCUACUACUUAAGCAAGAAGUUUACUCCAUACGAGGCUCGUUACACUCUUUUGGAGAAAACUUGUUGUGCUUUAACCUGGAUUGCUCAAAAGUUGAGACAUUACUUGUCUUCAUACACUACAUAUCUCAUUUCCAAGAUGGAUCCUUUAAAGUAUAUUUUUCAGAAAGCGAUACCCACUAGGAAAUUGGCAAAAUGGCAGAUGUUGCUGAGUGAGUUUGAUAUUGUGUAUGUGACCCAAAAGGCGAUAAAAGCACAAGCCUUGGCGGAUCAUCUCGCAGAAAAUCUAGUAGACAAAAAGUAUGAACCGCUCAAAACUUAUUUUCCCGAUGAAGAGGUAUUAUUUGUAGGAGAAAAUAUCUCCGAAGCAUACCCUGGUUGGAGAGUAUUUUUUGAUGGAGCGGUGAAUCAUGAAGGAAGUGGAAUUGGAGCAGUCCUAAUAUCGGAAUCUGGCCAAUAUUACCCUAUGGCAGCCAAACUCCGAUUUCGUUGCACGAACAACAUGGCUGAGUAUGAAGCAUGCAUCAUGGGUCUAAAAAUGGCGGUCGAUAAAGACAUUCAAGAGUUGUUGGUAAUAGGAGAUUCAGAUUUGCUGAUUCACCAGGUUCAAGGAGAGUGGGCUGUGAAAAAUUCGAAGAUUGCACCAUACGUGAAGUUAGUGCAAAGGUUGUGUAAAAGAUUUCGCAAGAUCGAGUUUAGGCAUACCCCAAGGUUGCAGAACGAAUUUGCUGACACUCUUGCUACUAUCUCCUCAAUGAUCAAACAUCCAGAUACAAGUUACAUUGAUCCUGUGGAGAUAUACUUGAAAGAACAACCCGCUCACUGUUCGCAUGUAGAAGUAGAACCAGAUGGGAGACCUUGGUAUUUUGACGUAAAAAGGUAUCUAGAAACUGGAACUUAUCCAGAGAAUGCGACUUUCAAUCAGAAGAAAGCAAUACGUCGGAUGGCUAACAAUUUCUUUCCAAGUGGAGAAAUCCUUUAUAGGAGAACUCCAGAUAUGGGUCUUCUCAGAUGUGUCGAUGCUAUUGAAGCCACGAAGCUUCUCGAACAGAUUCACGCGGGAGUUUGUGGAACUCACAUGAAUGGGCUUACCUUGGCGAAAAAGAUCCUUCGAUCCGGCUAUUUUUGGAUGACUAUGGAGCAUGAUUGUUGUAAGUAUAUGCAAAAAUGUCAUCAAUGUCAAGUGCAUGGUGAUUUGAUUCGAGUACCUCCUCACGAACUUAAUGCUAUGAGUUCUCCUUGGCCAUUUGUGGCUUGGGGAAUGGAUGUCAUUGGUCCAAUAGAGCCAUUCGCCUCUAAUGGACACAUGUUCAUUUUAGUUGCUAUUGAUUACUUCACCAAGUGGGUGGAAGCAGCCUCGUAUAAAUCAGUCACGAAGAAGGUAGUAGCAGACUUCAUCCGUAACAAUUUGAUAUGUAGAUUUGGGAUACCGAAUUCCAUCAUUACUGAUAAUGGAGCAAAUCUCAAUAGUCAUUUGAUGAAAGAGAUAUGUGAGCAAUUCAAGAUUAAUCAUCGAAACUCAACUACAUAUCGUCCUCAAAUGAAUGGAGCCGUAGAAGCUGCCAACAAGAACAUCAAAAAGAUCUUGAGGAAAAUGAUUGGCAAUCACAGAGGUUGGCAUGAAAUGUUGCCAUAUGCUCUGUUGGGAUACCGAACAACUGUCAGAACAUCAAUUGGAGCAACUCCAUACUUGCUAGUGUAUGGGACGGAGGCCGUAAUCCCUGCCGAAGUGGAAAUACCUUCAUUGAGAAUUAUUCAAGAAGCUGAAUUGAGCAACGCCGAUUGGGUUCGUAAUCGAAUUGAACAUUUGGCCUUGAUUGAUGAAAAGAGAAUGACUGCCGUUUGCCAUGGUCAACUGUACCAGCAAAGAAUGACUCGUGCUUUUAACAAGCGAGUGAGACCAAGAACAUUUGAAGUUGGUCAGUUGGUUCUCAAACGCAUUUUUCCACAUCAAAAUGAGUAUAAAGGAAAGUUUGCGCCAAAUUGGCAAGGACCAUACAUGGUGCGCCAAGUGUUGUCUGGAGGUGCCUUGAUAUUAUCCGAGAUGGAUGGACAAGAAUGGCCGAAGCCAAUCAACUCAGACGCCGUCAAAAGAUACUAUGUAUGA